AACUACCGAAUGAAGUAGAUAGAGUAGUUCAUACCGCUCUCGUUCGUUCGCGGCUCCUUCCUGCUGCCUGCCUGCCUGCCUGCCUGCUGCGUUUCGAUCGAUAUCCUCUGCAUGCAAUUCUGACCGGGUCGUCAUCGUCGCGAAUGAUGCUGCUAGGUUCCCCUUCGUCCGGCGGCUACGGCGGAAAAUUCGCCGGAGCUUCACCGGCCGGUGGGACGACGACCAUGGCGCCGUCAGCAAAGCAGCCGAGCAGCAGAGCUCCUCCUCCUGGGAUCACUGGAGGGCGCAAUGACCUGCGAAUUCUUUCGCCAGCAGCAGCAGCAGCAGCUGUUGGAGGUCUUGAGAUGAAGAAGCCGGAAGCAGAGGGGAUUGCAGAGAGCCUGCAAGCGACGCACAGGAAAGAACUCGAGGCAAGUAUAAGGAAGCAGCUCCAAGGAGUGGAAUUAUCACCAUCCCCAUAUGACACUGCAUGGGUAGCUAUGGUGCCACUCCGGGGUUCGUCUCACAAUCCAAGCUUCCCUCAAUGCGUCGACUGGAUACUAGAGAAUCAAUGGGACGAUGGAUCAUGGAGUAUUGACGGGUCCAUAUCCACAGCCAACAAAGAUGUCCUAUCAUCUACGCUAGCAUGUGUUCUGGCACUCAACAAAUGGAAUGUUGGUAGGGAGCACAUCAGGAGAGGACUAAGUUUCAUUGGAAGAAAUUUCUCGAUUGCGAUGGAUGAUCAAGCAGUUGCUCCUAUAGGUUUCGGCAUCACUUUCCCAGCUAUGCUAACCCUUGCCAAUGGGUCCGGCUUGGAAGUCCCCGUCAGACAAAACGAUAUUGAUAGUCUUAAUCACCUUCGGGAGAUGAAAAUACAAAGAGAGGCCGGGAACCAUUCUCGUGGAAGAAAGGCCUAUAUGGCCUAUCUGGCAGAAGGAUUUGGGAACCUUCUGGAGUGGGAUGAAAUCAUGAUGUUCCAGAGGAAGAACGGGUCAUUGUUCAACUGUCCUUCUUCAACUGCUGGCGCAUUAGCCAAUUACCACGACGAUAAAGCUCUCCAAUACUUGCAAUCUCUAGUCAAUAAAUUUGACGGUGUAGUGCCAACACUGUAUCCACUAAACAUAUAUUGUCAGCUUUCAAUGGUGGAUGCGCUUGAAAACAUGGGAAUAUCUCAGUAUUUUGCCAGUGAAAUAAAGAGCAUCCUUGACAUGACAUACAGUUCCUGGUUAGGGAAAGAUGAGGAAAUCAUGUUAGACGUAACAACGUGCGCAAUGGCAUUUCGCCUUUUAAGAAUGAACGGUUACGAUGUUUCCUCAGAUGAGCUAUCUCAUGUUGCUGGAGCUUCAGGCUUCCGUGAUUCGCUUCAAGGGUAUCUAAACGAUAGAAAAUCUGUACUGGAAGUAUACAAGACCUCGAAACACAGUAUAUCAGAAAAUGAUUUGAUCUUAGAUAGCAUAGGCUCUUGGUCAGGCAGCCUAUUGAAGGAAAUGCUGUGCUCUAAUGGGAAAGGAACUCCAGGCCGUGAAGAGAUCGAGUUUGCUCUGAAGUAUCCCUUCUACAGCACAUUGGAACGUCUAGUCCACAGGAAGAACAUUGUGCUUUUCGACGCUAAGGGCUCCCAGAUGCUGAAAACAGAGUGCAUGCCUGUUCAUGACAGUCAAGAUUUUCUAGCUUUGGCUGUCGAUGAUUUCUGCAUCUCUCAAUCUAAUUACCAGAAUGAACUGAAUUAUCUCGAAAGUUGGGUGAAAGACAACAGACUCGACCAGCUACAUUUCGCACGGCAGAAGAUAACAUAUUGCUAUCUCUCUGGUGCUGCCACCACAUUCCGUCCUGAAAUGGGCUACGCUCGCACCUCGUGGGCAAGAACCGCUUGGUUGACGGCUGUUAUCGACGAUCUCUUCGAUGUUGGUGGAUUAGAACAAGAACAAGAAAACCUCCUAGCAUUAAUGGAGAAGUGGGAAGAGCCUGGUGAAGAUGAGUACUACUCUGAAGAUGUAAAGAUCGUGUUCCAGGCUCUUUAUAAUACGGUGAACGAGAUUGGCGCAAAGGCUUCCGCGUUACAAGGCCAUGAUGUUACCAAGUACCUAGUAGACGUAUGGCUACAUGUGGUGAGGUGUAUGAAGGUUGAGGCAGAAUGGCAGAGGAGCCAGCAUCUGCCAACGUUCGAAGAAUACAUGGAAAGUGGCAUGGUGUCACUUGGACAGGGCUGUACGGUGAUGUCGGCAUUGUUUCUGAUCGGAGAAAAGCUCCCGGAGGGUAUUGUCGAACUUGAAGAAUACGAUGAGUUGUUCAGGCUGAUGGGCACUUGCGGCCGUCUCCUGAAUGACAUUCGAGGCAUUGAGAGGGAGGAGUCGGACGGCAAAAUGACGAACGGCGUCUCGCUGCUCGUUCACGCUAGCGGCGGCUCCAUGUCCGUAGACGAGGCCAAAACCGAAGUGAUGAAGCGCAUCGACGCCUCACGGAGGAAGCUGCUGAGCUUGGUCGUCAGCGAACAGGAAGGCCCUAUCCCGAGGCCGUGCAAGCAGCUGUUCUGGAAGAUGUGCAAGAUUCUUCACCUGUUCUACUACCAGACCGACGGAUUCAGUUCUCCCAAAGAGAUGGUCAGCGCAGUGGAUGCAGUCAUCAACGAGCCACUUCAACUCAGAUUAUUGUAGAUUCAUCUCUGUCACUUUUUCUUUUUUUUUUUUUGGAUACUAAAGUACUACCAGUGUUGCAUGUAAAAGCUGAGGUAAUCAGAAUGUGGAUGACUUAGUUGGGAUUACACAGUUUGAUCGAUGGCCGCACUAAUCUGGUUCAUAAUUUUCACCGGUUUGUGGACAGAGUGGAACCAUAUAUAAGAGAGUAGAGGAUGGUCGUCGUCCAUACUCAAAUUUGUUAGGAUUUGCGUCAUGUAUGUUAUAUGAAAGAGCAAAUAAAUACAUAGGUUAGGUAUGUGUAAUAAACAGAGAUACGAUGUAAGUAUCCAGAGCUGGUGGCUACCAGAACAACAUAAUCGUACAUCUUUGGGGUAUGUUGUCACGACCUA